AUGCCGUCCUUGCAAUCCAUGAUAUUUCUAUGGACUCUAUCACAGAGUCAACUCUACUCGAAUGCCUUUGAAUUGAGAACAGGAAUAAAAGAGUCACCUUUUGCUCAAACAAGCUUGCCCACCAACGAGGGUUCUUGUACUGAUAGUAGGAACAGACGAAAGUUCUUGGAGUGUGCAGGUCUAACACUGUUUGGAGCUGCUUUUGCGCCUACCAGCUGUAGAGCUAUGACAUCUUAUUCAGCAAAUGCAAGAAAUUUUGAUCGGAUGAAUUCUGGAGAUUUUUCUGGUGGAAGUCUCUACGACAACAACCCAAAGAGUGAAGCCGGAAAAAAAAGACGUGCUAUGGUUGGGUGCAAAACCGAAGCUUCGAGGCGGGAAGGUUCUCAGCAGCUGAACCAGCCCCCACUGUCUGAGCAGCAGUGCAAUAAACUAGUGAUGGGAGGAGAGACCGAAUUCAUGCUCCAGGCACUAAGGAAGCUAGACUGUCCGACUUGUCCAUACGGCAUAGGUGCUGCGCCGAACUGA